AUGAAGUUUGGGAAAGAGUUCAGUGCACAAAUGGUGCCAGAAUGGCAAGAAGCGUACAUGGAUUAUAAUUUUCUCAAAACCCUUUUGAAAGAAAUCCAAAUCUUCAAGCUAAGAAACAAGCCACCAGUCACCCCAUCUGGUGCCCUAAAGAGAAAGCUAACUCUUUACCGAGCUUUCAGCGGCCUAACACAGAGAAACAACCACACCUCUUCUUCUUCAGAGAUUGAAAGCCAAGCCAUUUUGGUGAAUUCUGUUAACCGCGAUGGCUCUCAAAGCUAUGAGACUACUUUGCUUAUGCCUUCAGAUGAAGCAGGAGAAUAUGAGCUGGCUUAUUUUAGGAAGCUUGAUGACGAGUUCAAUAAGGUGGACAAGUUUUAUAAGGCUAAGGUUGAAGAGGUAAUGAAGGAAGCUUGCAUGUUAAAUACCCAAAUGGAUGCUUUGAUCGCUUUUAGGAUCAAAGUCGAUAAACCUCUUGGCUUGUCUGAUAGGUCUGCUGAUAUGACUCGUCUAGCUUCUGAUGUUGCAGCUUCUGCUGCUAUAUUGGCAGCAUCUGCUCCAUCUGGAGCUAGAUCAACUCGUCCAAUGAGCCUGCAUGAUGGCACUAGGCUAGCUCCAUUGGAGAUACUUAACCAUGUCAAGUUCAACAACACACUUGAGACUCCUCGCUCCACCAUUAAAGGCUUGCUCCCAGUUUCACAGGAGACGCAACUUAAAUUCACAAGGGAAAAUCUCAGGAGAGUUGAGGAGCAACUCAAGCGUGCUUUCGUUGAGUUUUACCAAAAGCUUCGUCUCCUUAAGAGUUACAGCUUCUUGAAUACAUUAGCAUUUUCAAAAAUCAUGAAAAAGUAUGAUAAGAUUACUUCAAGAGAUGCAUCAAAAGCUUACAUGAAAAUGGUGGAUCACUCCUACCUUGGCAGUUCUGAUGAGGUAAUCAAAGUCAUGGAAAGAGUUGAAGCUACAUUCAUUAAGCAUUUCUCAAACUCAAAUCGCAGUAAAGGCAUGAGGAUCUUAAGACCAAAAGCCAAAAGAGAAAGGCACAGGACAACUUUUUUAAUGGGUUUGUUCUCCGGCUGCACAGCUGCUCUCGUUAUAGCUCUUAUUUUAAUCAUACAUGCUCGUAAUAUCAUGAAUAAACCAGGGAGAGAAACAUACAUGAAAACCAUGUUUCCCCUAUACAGCUUGUUUGGGUUCAUUGUCUUGCACAUGCUAAUGUAUGCUGCAAAUAUAUACUUGUGGAGGCGAUACCGAGUGAAUUAUUCCUUCAUAUUUGGUUUCAAACAAGGAACAGAAAUGGACCAUCGACAAGUUCUCCUUGUCAGUUUUGGUAUUGCAGUACUAGCUCUAAUCUCUGUGAUCUUAAAUCUCGACAUGGAGAUGGAUCCUAAAACAAAUGAUUACAAGCAAUUAACUGAACUUCUUCCUCUGAACCUGCUUAUUCUUCUACUUGUCCUAUUGUUCUUGCCAUUCAAUGUUCUAUAUCGCUCAGCUCGCUUCUUCUUACUCACCUGUCUCUUUCAUUGUCUUGCAGCUCCUCUCUACAAGGUUGCACUUCCUGAUUUCUUCUUGGCAGAUCAACUAACCAGCCAGGUGCAAGCCAUUAGAAAUCUAGAGUUCUACAUCUGCUACUAUGGCUGGGGAGACUAUAAACGAAGAGAGAACACUUGCAACACAAGUGUAUACAACACCUUCUACUUCAUCGUUGCUGGGAUUCCAUAUUGGUAUCGUCUUCUUCAGUGCCUCCGACGUCUGUUCGAAGAUAAAGAUCCAAUGCAUGGAUACAAUGGGUUGAAGUAUUUUAUGACAGUAGUAGCUGUUUCCCUCAGGACAGCUUACAUCCUUAACAAAGGGAUUGGUUGGAGAAUAAUAGCUUGGAUUUUCUCAGUCAUAGCUGCAAUUUAUGGAACAUAUUGGGAUCUGGUUAUUGAUUGGGGGCUUCUUCAGCGCAAUUCGAAGAAUCGCUGGCUGAGAAAUAAACUCCUUAUCCCUCACAAAAUUGUUUACUAUCUAGCCAUGGUGUUGAAUGCCUUGCUGAGGUUUGCUUGGUUGCAAACCGUAUUGAAUUUCAAUUUCUUUUCCUUGCAUAGAGAAACUUCAAUUGCCAUUGUUGCAAGCCUAGAGAUUAUUCGUCGUGGCAUAUGGAAUUUCUUCAGGUUGGAGAACGAGCACCUGAACAAUGUAGGAAAAUAUCGUGCAUUCAAAUCAGUACCGCUACCUUUCAACUGUGACGAGGAUGAUGACGAAGGUGAAUGGCUGUGA